GAAAGAUGGAUAAUCCAAAACAGUACCGAUCACUCUUCAUAUUGAUUAUCUUCAUUUCUACAAAUAUGUCACAUGCUGACCCCAAAUAUAGCGUUCCAGUUCCAAACGGUCCAUCAACAACAGGAUCUGUAUUUCUUCCUUUCGGAAAAAUAACUGUAGAGAUCAUCAACGAUAUUGGUAACACACUAACGCUGAAGUAUCACUGUAAAUCGAAAGAUGAUGACUUUGGUAAACGCAGUUUGCAACCGGGUAAGUCGUGGUCGUUUAAAUUUCGGCGUCAGUUCUUCGGAAGGACAUUGUUUUCCUGUAGUUUUGCCUUGCCAAAUGGAAUGUAUUCGUUCAACAUAUAUGAAGACCACCGAGAGAGCGCCGGCGAUGACUGGUGCCAAAAGUGUGUGUGGAAGAUAAGACAAACCGGACCUUGUAGGUUUAAUGAUGUAACUAAACAGUUUGAUCUCUGUUAUUCUUGGAACAAGUCCUUGUAUUCACCAAGAUUUAACCAAGAAGAAUUACAUAAUAUAUAACUUAUAUUAUUCCAUCUUAUAAUAGGUGUAUCAUCGUUCAUCAAAGAUACUAAUAAUAACAGUUGAUAGUGGUGGUUAUACAGAUACAUGAAUAUACAAGGACAUGUAAAACCCAGUAGUGUCCUAAUAAUCCUACUGAGGUGUUGUAUGAACAGCAGCAACGGUAGAUACCAUCGUGUCCACACCGCAGAUGUUCUGACUUCCCCUGCAGAUUUUGUAGUAACCCUUCUCUCCCCACAUGGAUCCCCAUGAAUUCUUAAUGAUCCAAUA